UGGAUUUAGGCUCUCUUAGCAGCCAUGUUUUUGUUGAUGUUUCAGAUACUAAACUUGUUUCAAAACAGUCUCUUUUUCUUCGAUUAAUACCACAGAACAACGCCCAGAAACAUCCUCAAAUUCCUCGUCCGAUCAGCUUCCAUUUUUGUUGUUCGUUCGAGAAUGUUUCCUGUUCUUAGCAUUCUCUUGAUAUGGAUGUCUGGUUUGUUCUUUCUUGUCGCCUUGGCUUCUUUCAAUCUCACAUUGCCCCACCAGCAUCCUGACCCUGAUUCUGUUGCUGAUGAACUUCAAAGGACAGUCAAUGCAUCGAUAUCGAGAAGAAAAGCGCUAUCCAUCGAAUCAAAGGAUCAAGCCUUCUCUUGCCUCACCGGAAACCCCAUCGACGAUUGCUGGCGUUGCGACCCAAAUUGGGCGGCGAACCGGCAGAGACUCGCCGACUGCGGCAUCGGAUUUGGCCGCGACGCCAUGGGUGGCAAAGGCGGCAAGAUCUACAUCGUCACCGACUCCUCAGAUUCCAACCCGGAAAACCCAACUCCGGGAACCCUCCGCCACGCCGUGAUCCAAUUCGAACCACUCUGGAUCAUCUUCUCCGCCGACAUGACAAUCAAACUCAAAUAUGAACUUAUCAUCAACAGCUUCAAAACGAUCGACGGCCGUGGCGCCAACGUCCACAUCACCGGCGGUGGUUGUAUCACUAUCCAAUACGUGUCCAACAUCAUCAUCCACAACAUCCACGUGCAUCACUGUGUACCCUCUGGCAAUGCCAACAUAAGAUCAACCCCGACCCACGUCGGGCACCGAGGGCUAUCGGACGGGGACGGGAUCUCGAUAUUCAGCUCAAGAAAGAUUUGGAUAGACCAUUGCUCGCUUUCAUACUGCACCGACGGGCUAAUAGACGCAAUAAUGGGAUCGACAGGGAUAACAAUAUCGAACAGCUAUUUUUCGCACCACGACGAGGUGAUGCUGCUGGGACACGACGACCGGUACGUGCAGGACUCGGGAAUGCAAGUGACCAUAGCGUUCAACCACUUCGGUGAGGCUCUGGUGCAGCGCAUGCCGAGGUGCAGACAUGGCUACAUUCAUGUGGUCAACAAUGACUUCACGGCUUGGGAAAUGUACGCCAUUGGCGGCAGUGCUCGCCCCACUAUUAACAGCCAGGGUAACCGUUAUGUGGCUCCUGUCAACCCCAAUGCUAAAGAGGUGACGAGACGUUUAGAUGCGGCGGAGACGGAAUGGACGGCGUGGAAUUGGCGGACGGACGGUGAUAUUUUGGUGAAUGGCGCUUUUUUUGUGCCGUCCGGUGCCGGACUUAGCACCCAGUACGGUAAAGCCUCCAGUACUGAGCCUAAGUCGGUGGCUCUUAUCAAUCAGCUCACUAUGAACGCUGGCGUUUUGGGUGCCCCAAGGUUUAGUAAUGGUGAAGGGAUUGUAUAUCCAGGAUUUAGCGGCAGCAAUGGCGGCGGUAAUGGCGGAUAUGGCGGCGGCACUGUCAUUAAUAAUAGCCCGAUGUAUGGAAAUAGCGGUGGUGGUGAGGAUGACUUUUACGGAAUGAUAUUUAAAGGCGACGGUAAUAGAGUAUCGCCGCCGUGGUCGCCGCCGAUGUUCUUAUGUGUGCAAAUUUUAGUAGGUUUGUAUAUAGUCACAAAUAAUAGUGGUUUAUUGACGUUAUAGAAAAGGAGAAAAGAGUUUUAUGAAGCUUAUAUGGUUAAAUUAAGUUGGAUUAUAUAUUGCAAAGUUAAAGGGUAUUUGAGAUUAUUUCAAAA